AUGACGGUUGCAGUGUGCAUAAUCUUAGAUGUCGGAAUUCACAUGCGUGAAGUAAUUGACCAGGGACUAGACUGCUUGAAAUCGCUUAUUCAACGGAAGUUUUUCGCUGAAAAAAAGGAGAAGGUAGCUCUUAUUCUCUGCGGCACGGCGGAAUCCGAUAACAGGCUUUCCAAUGGAAUUGAAAUCUUUCCUAAUAUCUCCCUUGUUCGUGAGUUGUCAGAUAUCGAUUGGGACUUGUUGGAGUUUAUAAACUCAGAAACUUUGCUAUCCACGGAGCAGGCUGAUGUUACAGAUGCUCUCAUUGUCGGUGUUGAUCAUCUUCUCAAUAAAAGCAAAGCCAUUAAAAGACUUUCGGAAAAACGUGUCCUACUUGUGAGCAACCUCGAAGGACCAGGCGAUCACUCGAAACUAGCCAGGCUUUUUGACGAGCUGCGCACGGCUGAUAUCCAAUUCAGUUUAAUUGGCCGCAACCUUCGUGAAGACGCUUUUCCGGGUACCCGGCCUUCAUUUGCGACUCCACAUCCUAAUCAUUCAUCGGUGCCACUCGCUACUGUUGGUCCUAGCCUACAUAAACCGGCUUUCAAGGCAAUAUGCGAUUUGUGGCAUCAACUUGAGGGUGAAUCGUAUACAUUCGCGGAGGCACUUCCUGCUUUGGCACACUUCGAAACACGUGGAGUCGCCCAACGCGGUUGGAGGGUCGAUUUAUGCAUCGGUGAUUCACUUGCCUUGCCUGUGGAAGGGCAUAUUCAAGUAAAAGAGGCGCGGCCUCCCCCUCUAAACUCACUCUAUGCCGCUGAUCCAUCUGCCCCCAUAUGUGCAUCAACCAAUUAUGUGACGAAGGAUGAAAAUCCAACCCAGCUGGACUCAUCACAUGUUAUCCGCGGUUACCGGUACGGCGAUACUGUGGUGCCGUUUUCCAAUGCAGACACUGCAGCUGUUAAGUUGUCUUCGGAAAAGUGCUUAAGUGUCAUUGGAUUCACUGGUUCACAUAACGUUCCCCGCAACCUGUAUGUCGGAGACUCCGUGAUAGUGUUCGUUUCGAGCGAUUCUUCAGAAGAUAGUCCGGCUACUCUGGGCCUUUCUGCGUUGACCCAGGCCCUUAUCGAGCUGGAUGAAGUUGCGUUGGUGCGUAGGGUCUAUAACAGAACCUCUGCACCACGUCUGGGUGUUCUGACUCCGGAGAUUCAGGGCACUCAGGUGUCUCUGGUCUACACUGAUUUGGCAUUUGCCGAAGACUUCCGGGCUUUCCAAUUUGCUGACUUACCAAUUACUACCGAGUCCGAUGUACUCUCGCCAUCCUCAUUGGAUAUCAUGGAGACUUUCGUCAAUUCCAUGCUUCUUGGAACGGAGCUGUCGGAUGAUUCGAUUGAAAAAGAGUGUUCUGAAGAGAAUGGAGCCAGUAUGAACGACGGUUUAGACAUCAAACCAGAAAGACUACCAAACCCUUGGAUCCAGCGUCUGUUCUCUUGGUUCAGGACACGUGGACUAUGCAAUUCCCAAAAUUGUCAGUUCGAAGCCUCAACAAAUUCCACGAACCGUUGGCUGGAUCCUCGCGCUUUUCCCGGACUGGAACCACUACUCACGCGAUUGGACUCUGCUGAGGUGGACACUGCAUUAGUCGAAGCUCGAGAAGGUUUGAUUAGCUCACUACCCGCAUUAUUGACUACAAGAUCGGAAAGCACAGAGGAGCCGGUUUCCUUGGUUGCGAAAAGGCGUCGGUUGAUGCUUAGCCAGCUAUUUGGGCUGAGUUCAGAAGCCUCAAACCCCCAGAUGGCCACGACUUCAAAACCUGAAUUUAUUCCAGAUGAACCUGUUUCCAUUACGGAUUACAGGACAGCUGGCUAUUUUAAUUCAUCAUACCCGAAGCCCGAAAGAUUCGACAACGACUACAAUUCUGCCAAAGACGACAUGCGCCCAAACGGUGACGUGUUCCAGAAGCAGCUCGGGACUGCAGCUUCCUCAUCCGACCCACUCGAUGCGGAGCGUUGUAAACCGGUGAUCUCCAGAUUAGAUUUUCAGAAGCAGCUGGACGUGGAAGAUUUGAUACACGACUUGGAGUAA